GCAUUUUCGAUCACUUCUCUGAAGACGUAACUACAGUCUUCUCGCGAGAUUACGCGCAGUUUCCCAGCCAGCAGUGUGGUGCGCUUGUAGAGACGAAGAAAGAUGGCGACGCAGGAGAGCGGAGCAACCAAAGCUACCGUGAGCAACGGCGAGGUGAGCAGCAAUGGGACUGCUGCAACAACAGAUGGCCAGACUGUGCAGACAGCUGGAAAUGCACAGGACCCUCAACAGCAACAGCAGCAACAGCAAGCUCCUAAUGCAUGGCAGGUCAUUAAAGGAGUUCUCUUCAGAAUCUUCAUAAUCUGGGCGAUCAGUAGCUGGUUCCGCCGAGGGCCAUCCACUCCUGACCCCAGCACACCAGCCGGUGCCCCCAGGGUACCCAGCAGGAACCUCUUCCCCAAAGACACGCUCAUGGAUCUGUACGUGUACGUGUCCCAGGAGGAGGUCUUCUCUGACUUCAACAACACAGAUGCCCUGUUCUGGUUCCACAGGGAUCUGGUCUAUGGAGAUUGGACCACAGGGGAAGAUGGUGAUGGCUGCUACCAGCACUAUAAGGAGAUGGAUAUCCCAGAAACAAUACAGCAGAACGGCUCACUUUACAUACACAUCUACUUCACUAAAAGUGGAUUCCACCCAGACCCCAAACGAAAGGGGCAGUAUCGCAGACUGGCAACAGUUCACGCAACCAGAAUGCUGAAUAAAUAUAAGCGAAGAAAGUUUCUGAAGACCAAGAAUCUGCUCACAGGAGAGACAGAAGCAGACCCCGAGAUGAUCAAGCGAGCAGAGAGCCACGGUCCAGUGGAGAUUAUCUCACAUUGGCACCCCAACCUCACUAUCAAUAUGGUGGAUGACCACACAGCCUGGGUGAAGGGCUCUGUUCCACCUCCUCUAGACCAGUAUGUUAAGUUUGAUGCAGUCAGUGGCGAUUACUAUCCCAUUGUAUACUUCAAUGACUACUGGAACCUUCAGAAGGACUACUAUCCCAUCAACGAGACCCUAAAAAGCCUCCCGCUCCGCCUCAGUUACUGCCCGCUGUCCUUGUGGCGCUGGCAGCUGUAUGCAGCCCAGAACGCUCGCUCACCCUGGAAUUUCCUUCCUGAGGACACCUACGAGCAAUCCGAUGAAGACCAAGACUCAGUCAAGGUGGCCCUCCUGGAAACCAAUCCAUACCUGCUGGGACUCACCAUCGUUGUCUCCAUUGUGCACAGCAUCUUUGAGUUUCUCGCCUUCAAGAAUGAUAUCCAGUUUUGGAACAGCAGACAGUCUCUAGAAGGUUUAUCUGUGCGCUCCAUCAUAUUUGGAGUAUUUCAGUCUCUAGUGGUGCUGCUGUACAUUCUGGACAACGAAACCAACUUUGUGGUGCAGGUCAGCGUCUUCAUUGGCCUUCUCAUUGACCUGUGGAAAAUCACCAAGGUCAUGGACGUCAAAUUGGACAGAGAGAACAAAUUCGCAGGAGUGUUCCCAAGAUUGGUAUUCAAAGAUAAGUCGACGUAUGUGGAGUCUUCAACCAAAAUCUAUGAUGAUAUGGCCUUCAAGUACUUGUCAUGGCUGCUCUACCCUCUGUUUGGCUGCUAUGCGGUCUACAGUUUAUUGUACGUAGAGCACAAAGGCUGGUACUCAUGGGUACUCAGCAUGCUCUAUGGCUUCUUGUUAACCUUUGGUUUUAUUACAAUGACGCCACAGCUUUUCAUCAACUAUAAAAUGAAGUCUGUAGCUCACCUCCCAUGGAGGAUGCUCACCUACAAGGCUCUCAAUACCUUUAUUGAUGACCUUUUUGCCUUCGUCAUCAAGAUGCCAAUGAUGUACAGGAUAGGAUGCCUCAGAGAUGAUGUGGUGUUCUUCAUCUACCUUUACCAGCGCUGGAUCUAUCGAGUCGAUCCUAACAGGGUCAACGAGUUUGGUACCAGCGGAGUAGACCACACCCAGAACAACACAGCAGCCCCUGCGCCAGAUGCCGCUUCCGCUGCAAUCACAGACAAACCAGAGGGGGAGAAGAAGAAUGAUUAAGCGAGAUCCCACCCUGAUCUUCCUCCCUGGCUCUCACUGCUGGAGUGAAGAGGACUUGUGGAAAGUGGGCAUGGAGUGGAGUUGUUGUUUAGCUAUCAUGGAUGCCGCUACCAAAACAGAAAAAAACAAAAAAAAAUGCAGUUCAGCUGUUCCCUCUGGUUUCUUUGUGGAUGCACAGAGAGUCAUAUUCAGUGUAGACUUGGUAAAUUCUUAUUUCUGCUCCCACCCAUCCCUGCCCUCCGUUUUGCAGUUCAAGUGAAGUAAAACAAAACGUGAUGUACUGUAUUCUGUAUGAUUUUUUUCUUUUUUUUUUUCCUCACUUCAGAGGGUAACGGUGUCUGGAAGUAGAUGUUGGGAGGGGAACAGGUCGCAGUUAUGCUACUUUUAUUAUUUUUAUACAGAGGAAAAAGAGGCCAAGUGCAGCUUUUGUCCUUUGUGUAGAUUCCUUUUCAUUCCAUGUGAGCACUCUGUUUCGGCUUGGCCGGAAACGGGUGAGUAGUACAGGAAACUGGAAAGAUCCUGAGCCACCAUGGAGGUUGGUGAAGAAGCGAGGUGGUGACUGGAUGACCGUGCAGGACGUUACCCACGAGAUAAUGACUACUACCCUGAAUUUUAAACAAAUGGUUAAUGUUCUAAACUUGAACAUAAAAAUAACAGCCUUGUUGGUAUUAAUAUAAAUAUAUUAAUAUUGUCAAUGACUUAAUUUUUGUUUUUCAGUCACUGAUGCAUUCUUUUGUAUGUCCUCAAAACUGUACAGCCUCAUGUUAAUAAUACCGAUGUCAAACUGUUUAGCAAUUUAGUAAUUUGCAAGUCUCAUUUUUAUUACCCACCCCGCCCCUCCUCAGCUGGUCAUCUGACUUUUCGGAUGGUUUCAUCUUCACGCUCCAAAAUCACUUUUGACGGACACAACAGAGUCAGGCGUAUGCUGGAAGAGUUACAGUCUCUCUUUUUUUUUCCUUUUUUUCAUUUUGAGUGCUGUAAAUCAUGAAAAGAUGAGGGGUUCCAUGUUGGUACAUAUAUUUUCAAGGAUUCAUGUUUAUAGUAAAACUAAGUGUGAUUUAAAAUGUC